CUCAGGUGGCCAUCUGUCCUUCUUUUUGGCAGAGACCUUACUUUAUCCAGGACAAUUUGACCUACACAUAAAUUUUUAUAUCUCCCUUUCCUAAUUUAUACAGAUAGAGGAAAACACAUUAUGUGAGGGACUGACAUCAAAUUAGCAGAAAAAAAAGAUACCUGGAUAAAUCUACAAAGAAAUAUAAAUCCAUAUAGACACAUCAAUAUUUAAUAGAGGAAGUAGAUUAUCCUUAUGUCUACAGCAAGGAUGGAAAUUACCUCACGCUACUGCCAAGCAACCUGCAGCUACUUAAUUUUGUCCAUAACAAUCCUAUUUUCCUCGGGUGCCCCUCCUUGCUGAGGUGUGCUGGGAAAACUCAAUUUAGUUUAAUCUUGUAACUUUAGACUCAUGCAAAAAUGAAAAUAUCCUCCAUGGGUGAAGUGGGUUUGCCUUUCUCUCGCUCUGUUUCUGCCAAGGUAGCAUCUGGGCAGAGAAGAGAGAAGAGUGGCUUUAUCCAGGGGUGAUAUUCAAAAUAUGUAACAACUGAUUUGGCCCAGGCACAGACCAAUCAGAAUGGAUGCUGACCGCCCAUGAUGAGUCCAGCCCUUCCGACGUGGACCGUGACUAUCAGUUCUGGCAAGGUGACCUCAGGGUGGUGACGUGAAUGGGAGGGCUAAUGGAUUAGAGCAGUGUCUCCUGGCACCUCUAAUCUCAACAUUUCUUAUCAGCCUGUUUGCCGCUUGCCCUGCUGGCAUCUGCAGACCAAGUGGGUGGCUGGCCUCUGCUGACUUGGUCAGGACCCAGAAGCCCUUCCUGGCUGACUCCACCUCACCCCAGCUCUUGCUGGCACCAUAGGUCCCCUCCCCACUUAGCUCUGCCAUGGUUUCCAUUUGCCCCUCGACCUGGGCCGCCCAUGUGGUAGUGUUGCCGAAGGCAAAUCUGUGUGCCCAAGGCACCGUGAGGCCAAACAAAUGAAAACACCUGAGUUUGGAGCAGAGAGAAGUUUAUUGCAGGGCCAAGCAAGGAGGAGAGGGUGACUUAUGCUCAAGAAAACCCUGAAUUCUUCUAUGGGUUUCAGCAAAGCAUAUUUAAAGGCCAGGUAAGGGAGUGGGGGGUCACAGGUAUCUGAUCAGCUGGUGCACGAUUCUCUGAUUGGUUGAUGUUGAGGUAACAGGGCGGUCAACACCAUCAACCCUUAGGCACCAGAAGGUCUGGGGCCACGUGCCCAUGACCAUCAAGUAGUUUAUUCCCUUUGGUGGUGGUUUUUAGCAUCUGAAAAAUUCAGGAAAUAUACAUGAGAUACUAUUAUCUGGGUAGGUCAGACAGGAGCUACAGCAGAGGAUCUGGGGGAGGGGUCUGUCCCCGAAGGCUCCACAGGGUCCUGCUUGGUUAUAGCAGCAAAGGUUGCAGGUCACCUUGGCCCUUGAAUAAUGGGCACCAUGAUAGCGCUUCUGGCUCUCAGUCCAGGUGCUUCCUGAGUCCUGUCUGAGCCCAUGCAGGAGCUCGUGGGCCUUGUCCAUACCACAUGGGGACUGAGCCUAGUCAGAAAGUUGAAACUAUAACUCCGCAGGGGGACCACCCCCACCGCUGGGUCCUGCUGUAUUGGCAGAGUUCAUCUCCCCACCGCCGCUUCCCAGGCUUGGGCAGGGGCGUCUGUGAGGUGGCCCCCUGCAGGAGUCUGAAAGACGAAUCACAGCAACACCCCCAUCCUUGGCAGUGCCCUCCACCUGGCCCUCCUGCCUCCCUGCUUCCCGCAGCCCCUCUACCACCACUCUUGCUCUUCCCACAAACCACUGCGCUAGGGGAUGUGCGCCUUUCACUUCCUCUUCCUGGCUGGUCCCCACAUGUUACAGUGAUCUGAGAGCUUUCCAGAAACACUGUUGCCCAGGUCCCAGCUCUUCACCCCUUUCCCGGGUCUGAUUUAGCUGCUUUGAGGGGGACCCAGGCCUUGCUGGUCUUAUAACAAAACACCCCAAGUGAUUCUCACACAGGGUUGACAGCCACUGUUCUAGGCCAGUGGUUUACAAACGUCACUGCUUAUUAGAAUCAUCUGGGGAGCUUUUCAAACUCCCAGUGCCCAGGCUGCACCCUAGACCAAUUAAAUCAGAAUCACGAGGGCAGUAUUUUUUUUUUUUUUUAAAGCUCCUUGGGUUAUUCCAGUGGCAGUCAAAUGUGACAACCAGUGUUCUUUGAGGCCUUUAAUGUCCAUGCAAUUGCCUGGGGACUUUGUUAAAAGAGCAGGUUCUGAUUCAGUGGGUCUGAGGUGGGGCCUCAGAUUCUUUCUAACAAGCUCCCAGCUGAUGCCAAAGGUGCAGGUCUUUGGACCAUAUCCUUCUUCCCAGAGACGUUUGCACCCCCACCCCCGCAGAGCAACAGGACUCAGAGAGAGGGAGAUUGGCUCAUGAGUAAAUGAAGAUAUAUGCCCAGGAGUGGGAUUGCUGGAUCAUAAGAUAUCAAACUAACCAUGAAGAAAAAUAUUAUCAACACAUGGCACUCUUUUGUAAAUAUUCCCAAUAUGAUUGUACCAGAUAUUGAAAAGGAAAUAAGAAGGAUGGAAAAUGGAGCAUGCAGUUCCUUUUCUGAUGAUGAUGACAGUGCCUCUAUAUGUGAAGACUCAGAGAGUGAAAUCCCCCAUGCAAGGGAUUCCUUUAGAAGUAAUAUGCACAGGAGAGGACAACUGUCACAGAGGGAACAGUACCUGCCUGGAGCCAUUGCACUUUUCAAUGUUAACAACAGCAGCAAUAAGGAGCAAGAACCAAAAGAAAAAAAGAAAAAGAAAAAGGAAAAGAAGAGCAAGCCAGAUGAUAAAAAUGAAAAUAAAAAGGACUCAGAGAAGAAAAAGAAGAAAGAAAAGGACAAAGACAAGAAGAAGAAAGAGGAGAAAGGCAAAGAUAAGAAAGAGGGGGAGAAGAAGGAAGUCACGGUUAUUGAUCCCUCGGGAAACAUAUAUUACAACUGGCUGUUUUGCAUCACCUUACCUGUUAUGUACAACUGGACUAUGAUUAUUGCAAGAGCAUGUUUUGAUGAACUUCAGUCUGAUUACCUGGAAUACUGGCUCAUUUUUGAUUACUUGUCAGAUUUAGUCUAUCUUCUCGAUAUGUUUGUACGAACAAGGACAGGUUACCUAGAGCAAGGGCUACUGGUGAAGGAAGAGCUUAAACUCAUAGAGAAAUAUAAAUCAAAUUUUCAAUUUAAGCUUGAUGUUCUAUCAGUGAUACCAACCGAUCUGCUGUAUUUUAAGCUGGGGUGGAACUAUCCUGAAAUUAGACUAAACAGACUGUUAAGGAUCUCUCGAAUGUUUGAGUUCUUCCAGAGAACAGAAACCAGGACAAACUACCCAAACAUCUUCAGGAUUUCUAACCUUGUCAUGUAUAUCAUCAUCAUCAUCCACUGGAAUGCGUGUGUGUACUUCUCUAUCUCCAAAGCCAUUGGGUUUGGAAAUGAUACGUGGGUCUAUCCUGAUGUGAAUGAUCCUGACUUCGGCCGUUUGGCUAGAAAAUACGUAUACAGCCUUUACUGGUCUACACUGACUUUGACCACCAUCGGUGAAACGCCACCUCCUGUGAGGGAUUCCGAGUAUGUCUUUGUGGUGGCUGAUUUCCUAAUCGGAGUGUUAAUUUUUGCUACCAUUGUUGGUAACAUAGGUUCUAUGAUUUCCAACAUGAAUGCAGCCAGAGCGGAGUUUCAGGCAAGAAUUGAUGCAAUCAAGCAAUACAUGCAUUUUCGAAAUGUGAGCAAAGACAUGGAAAAGAGAGUCAUUAAAUGGUUUGACUACCUGUGGACCAACAAAAAAACAGUGGAUGAGAGAGAAGUCUUGAAAUAUCUACCCGAUAAACUAAGAGCAGAGAUUGCCAUCAACGUUCACUUAGACACAUUGAAAAAGGUGCGUAUUUUUGCAGACUGUGAAGCCGGUCUGUUGGUGGAGUUGGUCUUGAAAUUACAACCUCAAGUCUACAGUCCUGGAGAUUAUAUUUGCAAGAAAGGGGAUAUUGGACGAGAGAUGUAUAUCAUCAAGGAAGGCAAACUCGCCGUGGUGGCAGAUGAUGGAGUCACUCAGUUUGUGGUAUUGAGUGACGGCAGCUACUUUGGUGAGAUUAGCAUCCUAAACAUCAAAGGCAGUAAAGCUGGCAAUCGAAGAACGGCCAAUAUUAAAAGUAUAGGCUACUCAGAUCUGUUCUGUCUCUCGAAAGAUGACCUCAUGGAAGCUCUAACUGAGUACCCAGAUGCCAAAUGUAUGCUGGAAGAGAAGGGGAAGCAAAUUUUGAUGAAAGAUGGUCUACUGGAUGUAAACAUCGCAAAUGCUGGAAGUGAUCCUAAAGAUCUGGAAGAGAAGGUCACCCGAAUGGAGGGGUCAGUAGACCUCCUGCAGACAAGGUUUGCUCGCAUCCUGGCCGAGUAUGAGUCAAUGCAGCAGAAACUGAAGCAGAGACUAACCAAGGUUGAGAAAUUUCUAAAACCACUUAUUGACACAGAAUUCUCAGCCAUUGAAGGGACUGGAGCUGAAAGCGGGCCCACAGACUCUACCUAGGACUGAAAAGCUGGUUAUGCAUAAGGUUAUGCCUCGUGAUCCUUUCGGUGAUGUGAUAAAGGCAACUGUAAGUUGGAAGAAGAGGAACAGUCAUCUGGAAAUUCUUCCAUAAGGAAAAUGUGCUUUGGUGCAGGGCACAAGGCUGCACAUUCCCUUGUGAGGUACUGUGACUAAAGAAUCAUCACACUUUGAAUUUUUCACAAUGGAUAAUAUGCAAAGAUAGAAACCAAUAAACUUGUCAGAAUCUGUACCUUCUGAGUUUUUUUCACAUAUGCUCCUUUUAUGUAAGACUCUUUAUAAAAGUGAACAAGGAUCCCUCACUUUUGGGCAAUUUACAUUAUUGAGGAGCAACUGGGAAUUACUGUGUACAUCAUGUU